GUGAAUGCAGCAUGGAGACAUUUCCCGACCUCUGAUUGGUCCGUUUCCUUCUGUUUUGGCCACGUGACACCAGAGAUGGCCGCGCGCGACGAAGGCAAAGACGGUCAGGACAGCAUCCUGGAGCCGCUGUGUUUCCCUGAGCAGCCAGCUGAUGGCGCCAGCACUCCCAGCCUGCAGGGUCCCAGCACGGAGCUGCUGGUGUGUCUGUUCUGCCCCGAGUCCGUCCCCCUGCUGCAGAAAGACGUCCUCCUCAAACACCUGCUGCUGGAGCACAAGCUGGUCGUCGCCGACGUCAAGCUCAUCGCCGACCUCCCGAAGUACAUGUUGUACUGGAAGGGAAGAUUUCUGGAGCAGCCGGUCACAGAUUUCUGCAGCGUGAUCAAGACAAACUCCACCGGCCCAGUCGAGAAACAGGAGGACUACUUCCUGCUGUGCGACGUCCUCCCAGAGGACCGAAUCCUCCGAGAGAGGCUCCAACAGAAACGACUGGAGGAGGUUCUGGAGCAGCAGCAGGUCGAGAGAGACGACAACAGCUUCCAUCAUCUCUGCAUGUUCUGCAGUGAAGAGUUCACCGGAAACAGGUCGUCUCUGCUGAACCACAUGGCCAGAGAACAUUCCUUCAGCAUCGGACUGCCGGACAACAUCGUCUACUGCAAACAGUUUCUGGACACUCUGCAGAGCAAGCUAGACAAUCUGCAGUGUUUGUACUGUGAGAAAACCUUCCGGGAUAAAACGACGCUGAAGGAUCACAUGAGGAAGAAAGCUCACCGCCGCAUCAACGCCAGCAACCGCGAGUACGACCGCUUCUACGUCAUCAACUACCUGGAGCUGGGGAAGACCUGGGAGGAAGUUCAGAGCGAGGACGACCGCGAGCUCGCAGACGAUGAAGAUGAUGAUUGGUCGGACUGGCAGGCCCAUCCGGUCUCUGCUGUGUGUCUGUUCUGUGAUCAUCAGUCAGAAACGAUGGAGCAGAUCUACACUCACAUGAAGGAAGCUCACGACUUUGAUCUCCACAAGCUGAGGACAGAACUCAAUCUUAAGUUCUAUCAGCAGGUCAAACUGGUGAACUUCAUCCGGCGGCAGAUCCACCAGAAUCGCUGCUACGGCUGCCAGGAAAAGUUCGACUCCAGAGAAAACGUCCUCCGUCACGUCGUGGCUGAAGGUCAUGUGAUGAAGCUGCCGGACGUGUCGAUCUGGAACCAACCGCAGUAUUACUUCCCCACGUACGAGAACGACGCCCUCCUGUGCACGCUGUCCGACAGCGACGAAAGUGACGACAAGACUCACAGCGAGGACGUCCCGGUCAUCGCUGAAGACAUCUCUGACCUCCGAGCGCUAAAACAGACCAGCGUCCUCAACCAGCUGCUGAAGAACAGAAGCUCCUGCAGCUAGACGACGGACAGAUUCCUCUUCAGGCCGUGACCUACACAAACCUGCUGAGAUGUUUCUUCUGAAGGACAGAACGGCGGUUCCUCUGAACCUUUCAGCACUGACACAUCCUCCGUGAAAAAUCAAAUAAUUACACCAACGUUCGCUCCGGACACUAAAAGAAUCAAAGUGCAGAUUUGUUGGCGAACCUUUCCAUUCAGGCAAUAAAGAAACAUAAUGACAUGUUUAUGGUGAAUAUUACAUUUAUUACUUACAACAAGUAAAAAAUGUUUUCAGUUAUUAUUUCAACACUAUAACCAGAACUGAAGGUAGGCCUCUCCUGAGCUGAUGACAAACUUCACCCCGAAGACGAAGAGGUUUAGUGACGUGAAACUAAACCAUCAAACUGCAGCUGCAUUCCUGCUUAGGUUGCAAAAUUAUGGGAAUUUUGAAACUUUCCAUGGGAAUAAAUAGGAAUUUACUAAAUUAAAGGUCGGCCCUUUAACAAUGAACUUAAAUAUAUUUUAGCAUCAUCUUGACUAAAA